CCGUCACCCUUUCCUCUGCGCUUAUAGUACGCCGCCGCCGACAAGUUUCUGAGGCUUUGAUCCAAAUACUUCAGCUUGGGAUACCUGCUUUCCCACGAAUUCCUAAACACGCGAAAAGGUUCAAAUUACAAGAAAGGAUGUCUCGUUUGUUGGUGUUCUUUCUACUUGCAGUGAUAUCAAGUGGUUCAGAAGGUAAUUUCUUUCGUCGAGUUUGUGAACAUCAACGAAUGACAAUAAACUGCGGCUCGAAGGCCAUCAACAUCCAAAGCGCUACCUACGGACGCACUCGGAGAGGAAUUUGUGGAUUCAGAAAUAAUAGGAACACUAAUUGUCAUGCUGGAACAUCCAUGAUGCUCCCUAAAUAUGAAUGCCAGGGCCAGUCAAGGUGCACAUUGCACGCCAAAAACUCAGCCUUUGGAGACCCGUGCCGGGGCACUUUUAAGUAUCUGGAAGUGAGGUAUGAGUGCGUACCAAAAGCACAAAUAUGCUUCCAAGACUCAAUUUUGCUGCGAAUCUGUGAGCACCGCACGCAAACAAUCACCUGUCCUUAUUGGAAACCGAAGAUCAACAUAAUAUCAGCAAACUAUGGCCGUUUAACUGGUCGCCACAUCUGUAGCGGAUCAGUGCGAACCACGAACUGUGGAGCUGCGAGAUCGCACGAUAAAGUGAAAAAAUCCUGCCAGGGAAGACGGAGCUGCCGUUUGAGAGCAUCAAAUGGAAUCUAUGGGGAUCCUUGUGUUGGUACAUAUAAGUAUCUGGAGAAGAUGUCUCCUGUUUUGGCUGUAUAUCUCCUUGCUGUAAUUUUAGGAAGCACAGAGGGAUAUCAUAAAUUUCUUCGAGUUAGCGAACAUAAACAGAUAAAAAUAAACUGCUUCUCGAAAGUCAUCAACAUCCUAAGCGCCUCAUACGGACGCACCCAUGCCCAGAGCCAUUGCCAUGCUGGUACAUCCAUGAUGGUCGCCAGAUAUGAGUGCCAGGGACAGACAAGUUGCACGUUGUGCGCUGAAAACUCGGCCUUUGGCGGUGACCCGUGCGCGGGCACUUCGAAAUAUCUGGAAGUCAAAUAUGAGUGCUUACCAAAAUCACAAAUAUGCUUCCAAGACUCAGUUUUGCUGCGAAUCUGCGAGCACCGUUCGCGAUCUAUCAGCUGUCCUUUAUGCAGACCGAAGAUCAACAUCAUAGCAGCAAACUAUGGCCGUUUAACUGGUGGCCACAUCUGUAGCGGACCAGUGCGAACCACGAAUUGCGGAGCUGCGAGAUCGCACGAUGAAGUGAAAAAAUCGUGCCAGGGGAAACGGAGCUGCCGUUUGACAGCAUCAAAUGGAAUCUAUGGGGAUCCUUGUAUUGGAACCUAUAAGUAUCUAGAGGUCAGAUACAGAUGUGAGGAGUGAUCCCAGGUCAGCGGGCGUCAGAGGCUGAAAGUUCAUGAAACAAAAAUGAUCCA